UAACUCAAAACCAGUGCGGGGACUGUUGUCGAAAGAAUACAUUCUGUCUUAUCAAGCGUAUAUAACAGAUCAUGGCGUACAGCUGAACACACCGCAGGCUUGUCAUGUUGCGUCUGGUUUUCUUCUUUGUUGUAUCGGGGCUGUUCCCACACGACAGUCAUUCUACCGACAACUCCUUCCACCACAACGUGGACUUCACAACUGACGACAACGGAGAACGGUUCAAGCUUCACAGUUCUGGUGUCCUCAGUGAUGUUGUUGAUCUUGAUGGUGUUGAUGGACUAAAGCGCCUCGUGUGUGUGGAUGACAGGAUCCUGUUGGUGACCACUCAGAAGGAUGUGGGCAGGGACUGGAGAGUGGGUCAGCUCAUCCUGGGGAGCACAACAUGGAGGUGCAAUGCGUCACAGGGAUCUGGUGGAGAUGGGAUCUAUGCUAAGAUCUCCAGCAUCUACUUUCCUACUGAAUAUCGUAUUUCCAUACAUGUUGUCCCUGCUGGGCCUUAUGACAUGAUACAGGAAGCCAACAUUCACUUCCGCUACAGCCCUGGACGAUCGGAUCUGCCCGUUGAAACCAAGCGACGUCAUCGCCGUUACCUGUCGAAUAUCCUCACCAAAAUACUCGGGAAUCUCGACUGGCACGCCAAUUUCUCAACCAGAAUUCCGUUCAAUACACAUCAUAAUCAAAGCAGUGCCCCAGACAAAUACUUUGCAGUCCACAAGACCUCAGGUGCGAGACAGUUAAAUGUGACAUUUUCUCCGUCGCAAGAAGACCUUCUCAUGCUGAAGGAUGACUUCACUGUGAGGUGCAUGGAUUGUCAUGGAGGAACAGACAUGUCAUAUGUGUUUGAACUACUCAUAAAGAAGGUAAACAACAAGCCGAAACUGGUGAAAUACAUAUCACAGCUCGAAGGUGAAUCCCAACUUCGGGCUGAUAUUGAAGUAGAGUUCAGCCAGGAGAUUGGCGUGAACUACACAACACCCUUGUGGGAGACUGGGCCGAUAGAACUCAUCCGCAUACCCGUGGCUGUAGUCAGACGACUACCUCCAGUGGAGCUAUCGCUUGCUUACAACACACAAGCUCUGGCAAGCGUCUUUGGUUACUCCAGAGGCUCUGGCAGAGGCAGGACAGGGUUCAGAGCAAGUGGCAGAUAUACAAUAUCGCAGCAGUUUGAGGCAUCAUCAUCGCUACACGGAGACAUCACAUCUCACGCCUGGACAUCGGAUGGACAGGACACAGUAGAGAUGGCUGUUCCUGACACAUUCAACGUCACUGUAGAUGUGUUCCAGAAGAUUUUCUUCAACGCAUCUGUUUCCUGGAAAGUAAAGGACAUAACCAUCAACCUGUACCCGCCAAUGGAAAUAAUAGUGAAGCCAAGCAUGAAAAUGGAAUCUGUCAUUAGUGGACUUGAAGUAUGCACUGAAGCGACACUUGCAGUAGAUGGAUUGUUCUCUGUUGAAAAGUCAGUUCUUUCCGUUGAAGCAUUUGGAUUGAACAUAUGGGAUGUUAUGUUAAAUCCAAAAAUCACGAAAAGAGAGACACUCACAGAGACCAGUCUAUCCCUGACAUGUUUGGCCCAUUGUGACGGCCCUGCAGAACUUGGGCCUCCACUCACACAGGACCAGGUGUGUGACGAAAUGACUGACAGGGUUGUACGGGGCAGCAGUCUGUUCAACAAGUUCGAGGUUUUGGAAGGAACAGAUAUUGUGUUUGCUGCUGAGGAAAGUGCUCUUUGUGAAUUGACGCCAUCAGCAUGUUCAGUAUGCAACAACCAUUCAACAAGCAUCUGUUCAAGUAGAUAUGUGACACCUCGGCUUGCCCGUGCAAUCACUAAACUGAGUCACUUGGUCAGAACAGAGUGGGCAAACGCAACACUCAUAGUACUAGCUGCCUGGGAUGAGCCAAGCCCAGCCUUUCCUAAUGGUCACCAUGGAAACAAUUCACUACACUACGAAGGGAGAGCUGCUGUUGUAACUUUGACAGGAGUUCCAGCCGCCAACACAGUUGACAACUCGACCUUUGACAGACUGGGUUCCCUGUGCGUCUGUUCUGGAUUCGACUAUGUCAGCAUCAACAGAGACCUCGCUGUUGUACACGUGGCAAUGAAGAAGGACGGUGUGAUGAACAUAAGUACAGACAGAGCGAUGUUUGAAGAUCUUAUUGCUGACGAUGGUAAAGGUGAUGACACUCGUUUGCAAAAGUGUGCGAAAGAGGCCCCUACUCUGAAUGUAGGCGACACCAUACCAUCCGGAGAAGGCGUGGAUGAAGCAUGUGGGCCUCCUCAAGGUGCUCUGAGCAGGUUGAACUCUGAAGAUAUGGAAAGGCUGUAUCACUACGACAUGAGUGAUGUUGUGUUCAGGCCUGAGGGGAGUCCCAGCAGUGUGUGUGGAUUCUCCACCCGAAGAUGUAGAACACCUUGUCUUCCAUCCAUGAACCAAACAGAACUUUGGUCAUAUUGUAGCACCCGGCUAAUGACUCCAAGGAUGGCACUCAAACUAAGACAACUCGCUAAACUAGCACAUACAGAAGGCAUAGGCGUGAACGUUGAAAGGGCAUUUACUGAGCAGUCAGACAUGCCACCGCACUUCAGAGAAGGAAGAGGGCUGCGUCUCACAAGUUCGCCAAUUUCAAGUUUAAAUAGAUUGGCAGUUUUGGCUGCAUGCUCUGGUUUCGAUUUCAUGAACUUUUCAAGCCCCCAAUUUAUCGAAGUGUUUGUCAAGAGUCAGGAAGAUUUCAUUGGAAUACGGGUAGAGUUUUCUCAUGACGACAUUGCUAGGCUUGCAGUUGGCCCUCCUCCAAAUGAACAAACAGAAUAUCUGUACCCGGAAUCGCUAGAACAUGAAGCAAUAUUGCCAAAUCUUUUUCUCGGCGUUGACAAAGAGACCUAUCUCUCUGAAUACUACACCAUCCAAGAUAUGAGCUGUCCAAACAGACAUAAUUUGAGGGUUGACUCAUCACUGCUCAUGUGUCUUGAUCUAAUUUCCGAGGAAUAUGGUGAUAAAGUAGAAAUUGUAAAAGGUUCUGGGUAUCGUACACAGUCCGUAAACAUGGUGAAUUUUGACAUUAGGCAUGUGGAGGAAAUGUAUAGAUUCCAAACAGGACAGGCCGUUGAGUUGAGGCCACCCCGGUAUCGACAUAAUUCCGAAUUAGUGUAUUUGGCUAAGACGUUGUUCAGAUCCUGUACGCCCUUUCUGAGACAGCAGAUGAGGGGUUUGGGUGUAGGGUGUCACCAGAAUCGACUGUAUGUGGAUAUCAGACCUCUUCAAGUUGGGAAUGAACUGAACUACAUCACACUGUGGAACACUGGAAACUCUACCUACUACAGGCAGAUAUUGGACAUACAAGAGGAGUUGCUUCAGGGUGGUCCUGUUAUUCAUCCUUUUGACAAAGGGAUCUGCGACAUGCAUCCUCUAGGUAGUGCGAAACAAUACCUCACCUUCCAGUUUCAUCAAAAUGGACUCUGCUCCACGACAGAGCAGCCAGCAUUCUGCAGUCAGACUUUAACAUUCCGCAAGGAGGAGGCAAGAAAGUUGCAGGAGCGAAUGACUUCAGCUGCUGGAUUUGGUCGUCUGCCCAGAGCGGACCUCAAUCCAGACAUACAGAAAUGUCUUGUUGAUUUGUGCGGGGGAUGUCCGGCGACAGGUCCACUGUGGGAUGGGAAAGUGAAAGCAUGUUCAGUGGUUGUGGACAAGUUCAUCAACAGAGCAACCAGAGCGUUCCCUGAUCUGACAGACCGGGCGACCUUCUUUGACACCGAGACGGCAGAGUCCAGCGUCCACUCCCUCGCCUGUCAUGACGGCAACAUCUGUGUUGAAAACAUUCAGCUGUACUCUUUGUUAAUGCCGUUGAUGACGUCACGUUAUCCAACAGAGCCUUCAGGCAGUAUUGAGGUUUUGAUGUUCAGCUCCGAGAAGAAUCCGAUGCCAUUGAUGGAACUGGUGGAGCAGGAAAUGGCCUACAGGGCUGCGGGCAGGGUUCGAGUCUUCGUAGAUCACCAGGAAGAUAUUAAGAGUUUAAAAGGAAUUCUGAAGGUUCUCAUGGUCUACAACAAGAACGUAUCUGGAGUCGAGUUCCAUGUCUAUGAUGACCUUGACAUUGAUCUGAUAAAGGCUGACGUGCAGCGCAACCUGGACGUGUGGGCAGGUCACACGUGUUCCGAUCACAGCAGAUUCGCAAUAUCACCCUUCACAUUUCACCAACUGAGUCACUCCCGGAGGAAGAGAAGCCUUGCAAGAAGUCAACACAGGAAUGAGGCUCGACAGAAAAUAUUCGACUGGGAGAUGGAGUGGAUGAUGAAGCUUCUGUAACCCAUGAAAUACAUUUUGAUAUGAUUAUUGCACUAAUAUAUAGGUUAUUUUGAAUAAGAAUCAACCAAAGAGAACAAUCUGUAAAAUGGAAGGACACAGUUGUACCUGUAUAUGUGCUGUAUGUUAUCAAAGGUUACCUAUCAUAAGGACUUACCUAAACUGGCAUUGCAUUUACUAUUCUUGGUUGGAUAACACAACCAGAGAUUUAUCAAUAUUUAAGCUGAUUGUGUGUUACAGACAACUUUGUAUCAUAACGUAUUUACCCACAAGUGAAAUAGCAGAUGUCUGAUCUAAAGACUAAUAAAACCUGUUAUCAGUC